ACAAACUACACCAAAAUGGCGACGGUGUUUUUCGGUUGUUGUUCUCCGAAAGAUCCAAACCGCCGAAAACCCUACAUCCGCAGUCAACAAAUUGACAAACAACUUUCUAAAGAUAGAAGCAAGUUGCGCCGGACGAUAAAAUUACUUCUGCUGGGAUCUGGCGAGAGUGGCAAAAGUACGUUCAUCAAACAGAUGAGAAUUAUCAACGGCAAAGAAUUCCAACCCGACGAAUUAAAAGUCUACAAAACGACCAUCUACGAAAACAUCGUGAAGGGUAUGAAGGUCCUGAUUGACGCCAGGGCGAAACUGCAACUAACUUUCCAACAGCCGGCCAGUCACACUCAUGCACAGUUCGUGUUCAGUUAUGACAACAAUAUCAAACUGGAGGAACCUGUCUUCACUCAGUAUGUCACAUCCCUAAUUGAACUCUGGGAGGAUGGUGGUAUUCAAGAGGCAUUCAGUCGCAGGAAGGAGUUCCAUCUUGGAGACUCAUUAAAAUACUUCAUGGAAAAUAUAGAACGAAUCAGCUCAAUGAGCUAUGUGCCAUCCAACCAGGACAUCCUACAUGCUCGAAAACCCACGAAAAGCAUAUCCGAGUACGAGUUCAUCAUCAAAGGCAUCCCAUUUCUAUUCGUCGAUGUCGGGGGCCAACGUUCACAGCGACCCAAAUGGUACCAAUGUUUUGAAGCAGUGACGUGCAUUCUCUUCCUCGCCUCAUCCAGUGAAUACGAUCAAACACUCCUUGAAGAUCGACGAGCAAAUCGGUUGGUUGAGUCGUGCGACAUUUUUGACGCCAUCGUCAACAACAAGACAUUCGCUAACGUCAGCAUCAUCCUCUUCUUAAAUAAAACUGAUCUACUGAAGGAGAAAAUUCUUACAUCAGAUAUUCGACAGUACUUUCCCGAACAGUUCCCGAGUUCGUCUGACAGCAAGUGCCUGGAAGAUGUACAAAAGUUUGAAGUACAGCUGUUUGACGCUCGCUGGAAAGAUCGAACCCUGCCACUCUUCCACCACUUCACAACCGCCGUCGACACUGAGAACAUCAAGUUCGUCUUCUCCGCCACCAGGGAGACCAUCCUACAAAAUAAUAUCAAGACAUUGAUGCUUCAGUGAUAUGCCUGUGUGUGCUUGUGUGUGUGUGUGUGCCUGUGUGUGUGCGUGUUUAUUUGUGUGUGUGUAUGUGUGUGUGUGUGCGUGUCUGUGUGUGUGUGUGUGUGGAUGCGCUUCUGUGUGGCAGCUUCAAUUGUUUAACUCGUUUUUGUUGCUAGUUUAUUAGUUGUAAAUUUCAUAUUUUAUCACAACAAUUACGUUUUUUUCCUUCAUUUUUUGUCUUGUUUUGUUUGUUAUAAAUUUCAAAUUUGUGAACUGUAAUUUAAAUGUAUACAGUUUUAACUUGUCUAAUCAUUUAAUUAAUUGAUUACUUAAACCAUUAAUUAACUAAUUAAUUAAAUUAAUUAAUUGCUUUUUUGUUUAUUUUUCUUUUUGUGUUUUAUUUUGUUACUCAAUUAUAAAAAAGUUGAUUUUCAUUUAUAUGUACACCUGGCUAUUUUAUAUAGUUUAUUGAAUAUAUAUAUAUUAUAUGUAUAUGUGCGUGUGUAUGUAUGUGUGAGUAUAUUUUUACAUUUACUUUUUUUAUUCCUGUUUUGAAGUUAAUUUGAAAUGUUAACAGUGUUGAAAAUAUUUACUGAAUGUUUAAUAAUAAUGCUGAUAGUAUUAUUAUUAUUGUCAUUAUUAUUAUUGUUAUUAUUAUUGUCAUUAACUUUAAUUAAUUACUUAUUUGAUUAUUUAAUUAUAUUGAAUUCUAGUAAGAAUAUACAGAUAGACUUAUUUAUUAUUAUUGUUAUUUAUCCAUAAUAUUCAAUCAAAUUGUCAAAAAUUAUUUCAUUACACUUUAUUUAAAUGUAUCAUAUUUUAUUGUAAUUGAAUUGUAUUGUGUAAUUGAAUUUCAAUGUGUUGUAUUGUAUUGUAUUGUAUUGUAUUGUAUCGUAUCAAAUUGUAUUAAUUCGUUUUGUUUUUUAAGAAUAGUAUUAUUUUUUUUAUAUAUUUUUUUUAAUUAUUCAUAAUGGUUAUUAUGACCAAAUGUGAAAAUUCAUGAUGAGAUUGGAUCUAUAAUGGUGACUGUAAUGUUGGGACUGGUUAUGGUGAGGCUUAUGUUAAUUAUCAUGAUGAAGAUUACUCUGAUGUGUAUGUGUGUUUGUUUGUUGAAUUGUCUAUAAGUUUAAUGCUUGUUUUCUUCAGUGUGUUGGAGUCAGAUAAAAAAUAUCCGACUCAAGCCCUUCGAAAUAAUCCGAUUCGGAUUGCGAAUUUCAGAAAAUUUUAAACUUUUUACAUCAUAAUUUCAUCUUAUUAUCACUACUAAUUAAAAAAUACUUUAAAAG